AUGCCUGGGCUAGACGAAGAAGCAAUCGACGACAUCUUGUAUCUGGCCCGUACCAAUGAGGCGGCUGAGCUAGAGUCAUAUCUCUCGGAGUUGUCGGAGAAGACGAAAGUUUCGAAGGCAGAGUUGUUGACCGAGGCCGUUGACCCGUACUCGAAGAACACUGCCCUGCACUAUGCUGCUGCAAACGGACAUAUAGAUGUAAUCAAGUUAUUCAUUGCACCUGGUACUAAUAUUCGCGCACCUGCAUUCAUCAACGCCGUCAACGAUGCAGGGAAUACUGCGCUGCACUGGGCCGCACUCAACGGUCAUAUCGAAUGCGUCAAGCUCUUGGUUGAGGCAGGCACAGACGUAACCCUCAUCAACAAAGCAGGACAUGAUGCCGUCUUCGAAGCAGAAAUCAACGAUAAGGGAGAUGUGGUAGAUUGGCUGCUUGGAGCUGUUGAGGAGCUGGAAACCGGUAUUGGACAGACUGAUAAGGGGGCUGCUAGGGAUGAGGACAUGGAAGAUGCAGAUGGUGACGGCGUAGCGGAUACGGAUGUUGGGCAGGCUGAUGCAUCAGCUGGGUCUUCCGUGGAAGGCGUGAGGAAACAAAUAGAGGACAUGAGCACCAAGCAGGGCACUUCAAAAGAUGGUUGA